GGGCUCUGAAAUAAAGGACGAUCCAGUCUGAAUCAGAGAUUCAUCUCGUUGCAGGCAACAUGGCUCUUAGCACUAUCAUUUUGAUUUGUUGCUGCGUCUUCCUGGUGGCUGCUAAUCCUGACGGUAGAUCAGAGAGCACCCGAGUCCCCAGAGACAAUCACACCGAAAGCUCCAGGUCGACUGGAAGUCCCGGGACUAGACCAACUGAGAAACCGCAAGAUUGCAGCCGAGAAGACAUUCAAAAACUUGCGAGUUGCUGCAAAUUGCCUCAAGUAUUCCCAGCUGGACUGAUUGAAAAUUGCUCUUACACGCUGCCCACAACCAAAGCACCUGGCAGUUCAGGAAGUAAGAAAAGGGGCUCGAAGAGAUCCAAGAGGGCUCCACCCAAAGGCAGCAAACUUAGGGAUCCAACAUGUGUUUCUGACUGUCUUCUGAGAAGUCAGGGCUUGAUCAGUGGCGCCGGCGUGAUCGAUAUCGGAGGAUUGGGAAAUUUGAUCAACUCCAACGCCAGUGCCGUUUGGGUCCCGGUCUUGAACGCAACAAUCACUGGCUGCUUUGCUAACUUGACUAACGUCAGCAAUUCCGUACCACCUCCACCGAAAGAAGGAUGCGUUGCGACCAGCGACCUGUUGCUUAUGUGCAUCCAACGCGGCCUUCUGUUGGGCUGUCCUUCAAGUGAAUUGACAACAAAUACAACUUGCAAAUCCAUACCAUCAAAGCUUUCGAAGUGCGACCCUUUUGCUGCGGCCAAGAAUUAUAAGCCUAAGAUUUCUUCAACAAUCACGACAACCCCGCCAACCACGCCAGCCUCGGGAAAAUAAUGUCGGCCUGAUAUUACUGAUUUCAGCUUCUUUUUUUCGGAAAUUCUCAAAACCAAUUGAUUAAUUUGUUAAAAUUAAUUAAUAAUACACAUAAUAAAAUUUCAAUUCUGGCAAGCACUUAAAAA